GUACCAUUUCCCCGAACCCAAAUAUAGCGCCGCGCCCCUUCGUCCCUCCGCCGGACCCUCUGGGCCUCGUUCGCAACCCAACAGUUGCGCUCUUGGCCGGGCGUGCCAAGGGAGGCAUCGCCCUUGGCGUCUCAGUCCGUCCCCCUGAAAUCCUCCACGACAUCAUGGCAUCAUGGCUGCCUGCUGGGACGAUGAUGUUUUCUGUGCCUCGAUCGGUUUCUGUCCAUCUGCUCGCACUUUCUUCCCCUCGACCUCGACUCGACCUGGGUGGAUAGAAGAUCGCUCUUUCACGCUGGUUUACCACCCACCACCACCAUAACCAGCACACCAGUACCACAACAACCAUGCGCGGCCUUCUUCACUCUCUAGGGGCCCUCUUCCUCCUCCUGUGUCACAGCCAGCUGGCCCAUUCGGCCCUGGACAUCCAAGUCAACGAUGCCGACUCCCUCACCAACGCCGGCGUCGCCAUCGCGGAGCCCAUGAUGACCUUCUACAAGCAGAACCAAACCGAAGGCAUCCCCGGCAAACUGACCGACACCUGGUACAUCGCGGGCAGCAUGUUCAUGACGCUGAUCCAGUUCUGGCAGGCGUCGGGCGUGGACACGUACAACUCGGUGGUGCAGCACGACCUGAUGUUCCAAGCGGGCGAGAACUCGGACUUUUUCUCUGCCAACUACAGCCAGUGGCUCGGCAACGACGACCAGAUGUUCUGGGGCCUCGCGGCCAUAACCGCCUCCGAGGCAGGCUUCCCCGAAGUCUCCAACAAGCCAUCCUGGACGUCGCUGGCGCGCGCCGUCUUCAACAUGCAGAUCAACCGCUGGGACGACACGGCCUGCCACGGCGGCAUGCGCUGGCAGGUAUGGCCGUACCAGGCGGGGUACACGAUGAAGAACGCGAUCUCGAACGGCGGGCUGUUCGAGCUGUCGGCACGCCUGGCGCGGUUCACCAAGAACGAGACGUAUGCGCAGUGGGCCGAGAAGAUCUGGGACUGGUCGGCUACGACGCCGCUCCUGGAUACGAAUGUGUCGGCUGGCUUGACGUGGAAUAUCGCCGACUCGACGUCGAAUGAGGCGGGCUGUCAGGAUGCGGGUAAUAAUCAGUGGUCGUAUAAUUAUGGGACGUAUUUGGCGGGGGCGGCGUUUAUGUAUAAUUAUACAAACGGCUCCCCCACCUGGCUCAACCGGGUCAACUCCCUGCUCGACUCAACCUUCACACGCUUCUUCCCCACCUCGUUCGCGGACGGGACGAUCCUCUCCGAAGUCGCCUGCGAGCCGAUCCUGUCCUGCGACCGCAACCAACUCUGCUUCAAAGGCUACGUGGCCAUGUGGCUCGCCUUCACCUCCAUCCUGGUCCCCUCGACGUCCGACCGCAUAGUCCCCAAACUGCAAGGCUCGGCGGAGGCCAUCGGCCGGCAAUGCACGGGCAGCGCCAACGGGCUAGACAAUCUGUGCGGGGUGCGGUGGCACCAAGACGGGUGGGACGGGUCGCUUGGGCUGGAGGUGCAGAUGAGUGCGCUGGGGGGCGUCACCUCCAAUCUGAUGCUGUUGGGGAGGGGGUCGCCGCAGACGAUCGUGGAGAAUCCGGGCGGCGCCGAACAUCACAUUGAUACGAGUGGGGAUGAGAGGGAUCCGUCGAAGCAGAGGCCCAUUACGGCGGGGGAUCGAGCGGGCGCGUGGAUUUUGACGGUGGGGGUUGCGGGGGGUUGUUGGGGGCUGUGGGGUGGCUGGUUAAGACGCAGUAGAUUCGGAUUCAAUGUUGUGGAUGGAAUUUUUGGUUUUUGAGGGUGUUGGCUUUGGGUUUGGGUAUGGGUUUGUGAGCGUGGGUGUUAUGUUGGAUUGCGUUCUUGCUAUGGAUUUCCUUUCUUCUACUUUUUCUUUUUUUUUUCUUAUUCCUCCUCUUCUUCUUCUUUUCUUUCUUCUUCUUUUUCUUCCUUUUCUUCUUCUUCUUCUCCUUUUUUGCUAUGAUCUGCCCGACUCUCUUGACUUUUGGCUUGGUUAUCCAGCGACUGACUUCCUUGCUUCCUUCCUGGCUACAUUACGACGAUUUGGACGGUUUCAAUUCCCAACCGGGUUACUAGAUUAACAUACCUAAAUACAUAGCUGAUUAUCUAGGGGAAUGAUAGACAGAAUCAGAGAACGA